UACUGCAUGUCAGUUCAGUUCAACAUGGCAGAGUUUAUGGAACGCGGCGAGGAAUAUCAUAGAAAGACUUCCACAGAUUCCAACUCCAGAGCGCACCGAAAAUGCAAAGAGAAACUUCACAGAGCCUGUCGAGAAUCGUCAUAUGUGAGGUUUAUGUUAGAUGCCAUGAGUAACCUAGGGUGUGAAGUGGAUCCAGAAAAACAUAUGGUUUGCGAGCCAUGUGACCCAAAGCUUAUUGGAGGGUUUGAUCAUGACACAAAGGAGAUGUUCCUAUGUGAGAACACAAUCUACACCCAAAAGGCAAUGGACACUGUUCUCACCCACGAGCUGAUCCACGCAUUUGACAACUGCAGGGUCAAAUACAAUCCAGACAAUGUGCGGCAUUUAGCCUGUACUGAGAUUCGUGCCGCAAACCUUAGUGGGGAUUGCUUUUUUUCAAAGGAGGCAUUUGGACGCUUUAGAUUCAAAUGGAAAGCUCAUCAGCAGGAGUGUGUCAAGGAACGAGCAGUAAAAUCUAUGUUAUGUGUUAGAGACAUGUCCAAACAGGAAGCUCAAGAGGUUGUGGAGAGUGUGUUUGAUGCUUGUUUCAAUGAUACAGAACCAUUUGAGAGAAUUCCUCCCUGACUGGUUUACAGAUGUAGAAUUAUAAUGUACAUGGAUAGAAAAAGCACUAAGUUUAUCUGUAAUGAGGAAAAAGAGACAUUCUUGUGAAUUUUUCUGAAUGAAACUAUCAUGUCAUAAAAAAUAUUUGUAAAUGUUUACUUUUUAAGACAGUCUUGAAAGAGAUUAAACUCCACAAAAUGUCA